GGUCUGGCCAUCCUACUAUCCUGUCUUAUCUACCAGCAUCCCAUCUCAGUGGUUGGAGUAUUGGGAAUAGCCGUUGUGUUUUCGUCUCUUUUCUUGCGCAUCUAUUGCAACCAACGCAUCAGAGCACUCAGGCGACGCAUGCAGAACGGAUCCACCACGAAAGUUUAAAAUUAUUAGGUAAUUUAAUUUUUCUACAACUGCGCGUAAAAAAAGAAUUUACAUACUCAAUUCUCCUCUUAAAACAGCUUAUUUCUGAGGAGAAUCUACUUUUUCGCUCGCAAACCAUCUGCGCAUGCGCAGAAGAAUUUAUUUACGCUCGCUUAUCAGCUGAUGAUAAGCAGCUUGCCAAAAGUAGGUCAGAUCUUAACCUAAAAAGUCGGUAAUUGUGCCGGUUCUGCUUAAGCAGCCAUUAUGGAUAUCAGUGAAGACGAAUAAAAUUAUUAUUAACUCCGCCAGAUAUACGUAAUUUAACAGGUUUGUGCAGUUGUAGAAAAAAUGUUGUAUGUAAUUCGCGCGUAAUGCUUCUUUAUCGCUCUUGCAAAAUUAUCACGCUCCGCUUCGCGUCGCGUGAUAACUGUUUUGCGCGAGCGAUUAAGUCGCGCAUUACGCUCUUAAUACAUAAAUAGCUAUUUAUUAAUCGAUUUGAAAAAGGUUAGGUUGCCACUUGAACAAAUAGACUGGCACUAUAGAAAGUAUAAUUUACGUUGAAAUUUAAUACGAACUAGUGAAGAAAUCAAUUUGAAGAAGGUUAGGUUGUCAUUUUAAGAAAUAGACUGGCACUAUAAAACGUAGAAUGUAAAUUCAAAUUUAAUAAGAACGAGUGAAGAAAUCGAUUUGAAGAAGACUAGGUUGUCACUUUAUAGACUGGCACUAUAGAACGUAGUAUGUAAAUUCAAAUUUAAUACGAGUGGAGAAAUCGAUUUAAAGAAGGUUAGGUUGUCAUUUUAACAAAUAGUCUGGAACUAUUGAACGUAGAAUGUUGAG